AUGGCGCAGACCGCGGUCGCGCGCGCGAUCGCGCGCGCGUGGUCGAGACAAUUAUCCCCGCGCGCGCCGAGCGCGCGGCGUCGCGCGUCGACGAUCGCGGCGGACGGGAAGGCGGCGGAGGUGGGACCGCUGGAGGAGCGCGUGGAUUUGCGAGUCGGGCGCGUGCUGCGCGCGUCGAGGCACGAGGAGGCGGAGAAACUGUACAUCGAAUCCAUCGACGUGGGUGAACCGGAGGGUCCAAGACAGAUCUUGAGUGGUUUGGUGCCGUACAUGAGCGCGGAGGACAUCGAGGGGAAGCUGGUGAUCGUGUUCGCGAAUCUCAAGCCGCGUAAACUCGCGGGGAUGCCGUCGAACGGGAUGAUUCUCGCCGCGUCCGAUGCGUCGCACGAAAAGGUGGAGCUCCUUGUCGCUCCGGAGGGCGCCGUCGUCGGCGAACGCGUUCGAUUCGGCGCGUCCGACGAGCCUCAAUCCGAGCCUCAGACCCCGAACCAGAUUCAAAAGAAGAAGACGUGGGAAGAGUUACAACCGCUUCUCGUCACCGACGCCUCGUGCGUCGCGACGUACAAGGGAGCGCCGAUGAUGACGUCCGCCGGUCCCGUGAAGUGCGCCUCGCUCGUCGACGCCUCCAUUGGAUAA